UGGUAUUCAUCCGGGAGAUAGCGACGAAUGGUCAAUGGCAAAGCAAUUGAUGGCAAUUGCCCUCCUGCCACUAAGCAGAGCCCAGGAGGCCACCGAUGUAUUAUCUUUAAUUUAUCACACAGAAAAAUCAAGGGUAUUGAUAGAUUACUUCAGGAAGCAAUGGCUGGAGACAGUUACUCCUGAGAGUUUCUCUGUUUUCAAGGAGCUAUCGAGGACUAAUAAAGCACAAGAAUCUCUAAACAGAUGCCUGAACAGACUAAUAAAGGCACAAGGAAAUCCGUGGGAUUUUUGGGCGGGGAUACAAACUAUCUCUAUCAAAGAGAUAAAUUACUUCAGAAAUAUGUCCGAAGGGAGAGAAGGGACCGCACCUUGAGAACAGAGUGGCUUCUUCAAGACAAAAACAUUAAAAAUGCUGAGGAGAAAUUGGAGAGAGGCGAGAUGAGCCUCUACAAUAUUGCUCCAUGAGUAAUCGUGUGGGAGUACAAACCACUCUCGGUCUCAGACAGCACCGUAUCGCACAUGCGUUAGUAACGGAUUUUUCCCGUUCCAUUCAGUCAGAUCUUUGAAUGUAACGUUCUUUGUGAUGAUGGUUACCGAGCACCAUAACUGGAGCCGUCAUUCCAUUUUGAUGAGGAUAUUAUUAUCUAAUGAUGAUCUAUCAUUAAAUUCGAUAUUAUCAUCAUUUCAUUUUAUAAAAGAAAGAGUACUUUUCAAUAAUAUAAUUAAUAAAAUAUAACUGUUGUUUUUUAACUAAUGUUAAAAAACAC